GUAGUCCGUGUGGUGCCGUCAACAAGAUAAUAACAUGCACCGCUAGCUUGUCAACGCGUUCAAAAUCAACAUUAUCGUCGUCGAAAUCGAGCAAAAAGAACGCGUCCUUAACAUCGAGUGAACUUCUUGUGAAUAAGAACAGUAAUUCAAAUAAUUUGAGUAGUAAUAAUAAUUGUGCCAGUAUAAAUAACGUGGAUGAUAGUAGUGUGGCAAACUUAGAAACGAAACUAUUGGCGUCGGUACCAUCAUUUAGUUCGCCGCAGUUAUCCAGCGUCACUGGAUUCCAAGAAAAUACAAGUCCUACGCCGUUGCCAUUAUCGCAUUCGCCAACGACGUCAUCUCCGCUUGUGCCGUCAACAGCGACUGCCUUCAUGAGUAGUGCUGCUGCGGCUGUUGCGGGUGCUGCUGGAGGAGCUCUAUACGGAGCCUUAUUGAAUCAGAACACUUCGUCGGCCAAUAACAAUAUUAACGGUGUUAACGUUAACAACAUUCCACAUAACAGUUCAAACGCCUCUGGAUCCGCUUCCUCAUCGCCAACAGCGUCACUGCUGUCCGGCAACUUUACAGCGGCUCUCGGUAGUCUCUUCACGGCAAACGGUUUCGGCUCAGCAAAAAUGUUGAAUGAAUUAUUCGGUCGUCAGAUGAAGCAAGCACAGGAUGCUACCAGCGGGUUGCCCGCUAAUCUAGACAAUGCCAUGUUAGCCGCGGCAAUGGAAUCUGCCUCUAGCGCUGAAUUGCUUAGCGCAGCAGGGCUGGUGAAUAGUUUAGGCCUCAAUGCCACAAACAAGUUGCUCAAUAAUAAUACAAUAAAUAGUUUGAAUAGUUUAAGUAACGCCAGUGUGUCUGCCACAUCUGCUCUAAAUAACGGCAAUUCCACCGCUGAUAACCAGCAAUCAUCUAAUACCCCGUCUGCCUCUCAAUCGCCUAAGAAUCGACGCGUAAGCAAUUGUAGUGAUCGGUCUUUGGAAGAAGUUAAUUCGCGUGCCGGUGAUUUGAAUUCCCCGCCGCGUGCACCCUCAACAAGCUCAACGUCCGCGAUAGCUGCUGUGACCGCUUCUGAGAGGACCUCACCCAACAUUCAGCGGCAGCAGCAGCAGCAGCAACAGCAGAAUGAAUUGGCUCACCAUAUGUUGAGAAACAUAUUGCAAGGUAAGAAGGAGCUGAUGCAACUCGAUCAGGAGCUGCGCUCGGUGAUGAAUCAGCAGCAGCAACAACAACAACAACUUUCAGAUAACCACAAUACGCUCAAGCAUAACAAUAACAAUUUGUCUGCUGCCAACAAUAACAAUGUCGCUGACAAGGAAUCGAGCAAUGUAAUAAAUCUACUGGAGGACACUAUGUCUGAUAUAAAGAUCAAAUGCGAACCUAAUCAGAUGCCAAACAAUUCCGACUCCGCAACAACGGAGCAUGGCAAAUCGUCUGAUUCUGAAAUAGCCGAUUCGCAGCAGGACGAAGAUCAACACUCUGAAGAUGAUAACAUGGAUCAACAGAAUAUGGACGAUCCAGACGAGCAACAGCACUCAGGAUUACCGGUAGGUGUAACCAAGAAGGAAGCAGACGAAAUCCUGGAGGACGUAGAAUUGAUUGGAAUGAAUUCUCGCUCCGAUUUAGAGUCCUUGGCAUCUCCUAGCCAGUCCGAAAUGAUGCUCUUAGAGAACAGCAAGGAUGAGUUGGAAGAGGAACUUGAAAAGGAUGUUGCUGCCACCAUGUCCAAGAAGCCAGGUAUGGAUAUGAAGAGAGCUCGUGUUGAGAAUAUUGUCACCACAAUGCGUUCCAGUCCAUCGUCACAUCAGUCGCACUUACAAGUGAAUGGCUGUAAGAAGAGGAAAUUAUAUCAACCACAACAGCACGCAAUGGAACGAUACGUAGCUGCGGCUGCUGGCUUGAAUUUCGGAUUGAACUUACAAAGUAUGAUGUUGGACGAGGAAGCGUCCAAUGACACGGAGUCACCACAGAUCCAACAGAAGCGAGUGGAGAAGAACGCACUCAAGUCGCAGUUGCGCUCAAUGCAAGAGCAGCUGGCUGAAAUGCAGCAAAAAUAUGUGCAAUUGUGCUCAAGAAUGGAGCAAGAGUCGGAAUGCCAGGACAUUGACGAUACUGCCAGUGAUAGCAUGGAACAUGACGCCAACGGUGUUGACCUCUCUCCAUCACCAUCCCUAACCGGAGAAUCAGGUUUGAAUGACAAAAUGCAACAGGAUGUCGAACGGCCAAGCUCUACUUCGCCAACUCUCCCAAUGAAAUCCCAAAAACAGCUAACCUCACAAAAUUCAAUGGCCCUGGACAGUGCUCCGAAUGUGUUAUCGCAAAUGAUGAGCAAAAUGAUGUCGUCGGGAUCACUUGUGUCCCAUCCGCAUAUGCAACAAUCAUUUAAUGGCCCAUUACCGCUGUUGCAACACAUGCCACAGCUGCAAGGCGAUACAAGUGCUGCCCACUUAUCUCACCCCGCCAUAAGUAAUGCUGCCGCCAUGUACUUGGGUCAACAGUUCUUUUUUGAGCAAGAAGCUCGUAUGGCCAAGGAGGCUGCUGAACAGCAGGAACGGCAGCAGCAGCAGCAACAACAGCAACAUCAACUGCAGCAACAGCAACAAAAACAACAACAGGAGCAGGAACAGCAGCGACGCUUUGAACAGGAGCAGCAACAGCGCCGCAAAGAGGAGAAACAGCAACAACAACAGCAGCAAGCCCAGCAACACGCCGCACAACAACUUCAACGGCAGCAACAAUUGCAGCAAAUGCAUCAGCAGCAACAACAGCAUAUGGAGCAAACUACGUCUACUGUCUCCCUCAGCCAGCCAACGCGCCCACAGCUGCAUCACAACCGACUUCAUCAGCGCCACGCUAAUCACUCUUCGCUUAAAUCAGAAUUGUCAGAAAAAUUCAAUAUGCUGCGAUCCAGUUCGAAUUCGAUUAUGCGAAUGUCUGGUUCCGAUCUGGAAGGACUUGCUGAUGUGCUGAAGUCGGAAAUUACCACUUCCCUCUCCGCAUUGGUUGACACAAUCGUGACUCGAUUCGUGCACCAGCGCCGCCUUUUCAGCAAACAGUCGGAUUCGGUGGCAGCAGCCGCCGAACAACUAAACAAAGAUUUGCUCAUGGCGUCCCAGAUACUGGACCGCAAGUCACCGCGUACGAAAGUCGCCGAUCGUUCGCAAUCAAAUGUCGUCGUUAACAGUAACACAAACAAUGCGAAUUCAACAGCGGGUCAAUCCAUUGUAAGCGGAAACACUGCCGUCAACGCCGCAGCGGUUCAAUCAGGUAAUAAUGGUUCUCUUCUUCUAGUUAAUAAUGCUUCCUCAACUAACCAAUUGAAUAACGGCCAUAACGCUAAUGUCUCUAAUAAGCACCUGGGUCACUUGCAGUCCACUGUAGGUAACGGUUCCCAAAUGCAUGUCGGCCCAGGCCCCGCUGUAUCUGUUGGCGGUGUCAAUGUGCCUCAACUCACGCUUACCAAUAGCCAAGCAAAUGCUUUGGCGAACUCAAGUGGUCAGACAAAUACACAGCACGCACAACAAAUGGCCCAAAUGUCGGCAUUGAAUGCGCAAAAUUGCCAAAGUCUCAUCGCCGCUCCGCGUCUUAAUGGCAAUCAGUUGUCGUUUCCGUCGCCAGCAGCGGCAGCAGCUGCGGCAAUGGGUCUGCAAAUGCAUCAUGCAGCAGCUGCAGCUGCAAUGUCUGCGGCCGCUGCUAAUCAGCAAAAUCACAAUCAGCAGAUCGCGAAAGAUAGUUCUGGCCAGAACUCAAUGAAUCCGAGUCUAAACAUGAACUCGAAUCCAAAUACAAACAAUACUAACAAUAGUUUAAGCACAAUUAAUAUACCACCUCCUCAUAUUCGUCCUUCGCCCACAGCGGCAGCAAUAUUUCAGGCACCAAAAACACCGCAAGGGAUGAAUCCGGUGGCUGCUGCUGCACUCUACAACUCCAUGGCCGCCGGCGCGCCCAACCAGAUGAACCCCUUCUGCAUGCCGGAGUCACGUGAAGCCCAACAGCAGCAACAACAGCAACAGCAACAACAGCAGCAGCAGCAACAACAACAACAGCAACAGCUAGAACAGAACGAAGCCCUUAGCUUGGUGGUGACACCGAAGAAGAAGCGCCAUAAGGUGACCGACACACGCAUCACACCGCGCACCGUCAGCCGCAUACUGGCGCAGGAUGGUGCUGUACCUCCAAAUCCUGUGACUGCAAACACCAUGCUAGAUGGCGCUGGCAAGUUCGGCGCCAUGGGCGUACAGCCUAACCAGCAACAGUCGCAGCCUAAUCCGAACCAAUCUAACGUAGGCAACAACAGCACCAGUACAACACCAGUCAAUGUGAACACGCCCGGCAAUAUCGGCAACGUGAAUACGACGCCCGUACAAAGUCCCUCGCCUCGUGCUCAAGCGCCGACCUAUCAUCCGCCGCCACCACCACCACCCAUGUUGCCCGUGUCGUUGCCCACCUCUGUGGCCAUACCCAAUCCUUCGUUGCAUGAGUCGCAAGUCUUCUCACCCUACAGUCCAUUCUUCAAUCCACACCCGCCGCAUGCACCACCACCGCCACCCCCUCAUGGUCCACACGGUGGUGCACACAGCACGCCAACCGCUGCCCAAAUGCAUCAUAUGAAGAUGUCGUCAAGCCCACCCGGCCUCGGCGGCCUAAUGGACUCGCGCGAAUCACCGCCACUUCCACAUCCGCCAUCAAUGCUGCAUCCUGCCCUAUUAGCCGCCGCCCAUCACGGCGGCUCGCCCGACUACAGCGCGCACCUGCGUGCAGCCAUGGACGCACAGGACCGCAAUUCGGAUUGCAACUCUGCGGAUAUGCAGUUCGAUGGAAUGCAGCCAACGAUAUCAUUCCUGAAGCAGCAAAUGAUCAAAAAUAGCGACUCCUUGACUCCACUGCACUCAUCAACACUAACACCAAUGCACCUGCGCAAAGCCAAACUAAUGUUCUUCUGGGUGCGGUACCCGAGUUCUGCGGUACUGAAGAUGUACUUCCCGGACAUCAAGUUCAACAAGAACAAUACAGCACAAUUGGUGAAAUGGUUCUCGAAUUUCAGAGAAUUCUACUACAUCCAAAUGGAGAAGUACGCGCGUCAGGCGGUUACCGAGGGCGUUAAGUGCGCCGAUGAGCUACAUGUUGGCGGUGACAGUGAGCUUUAUCGUGUUCUGAAUCUGCAUUACAAUCGCAAUAACCACAUUGAGGUACCACAAAACUUCCGCUUUGUUGUCGAACAAACGUUGCGCGAAUUCUAUCGCGCCAUCCAAGGCGGCAAGGAUACCGAACAAUCGUGGAAGAAAGCAAUAUAUAAGGUCAUCUCCCGUAUGGACGAUCCAGUGCCCGAAUAUUUUAAGUCACCCAACUUUUUGGAACAAUUAGAAUAAGAGGAAAGUGAACGCAAUCGCGUUAUUCACAUGCUUCGUACAAAUUUGAAACGCAAAUCUAAAUCAAGUAAAUCUUCGAAAGUUAUAACAGCAGGAACAACAACAACAACAGCAACAGCAUUAACUAGGCAUGCAGCAUCAGCACCGAUGGCGGCAGCAUUAACAAAAACCGCAGUUAUAGCUACAACAACAACAGCUACACCAACAACCGAAGUAGCGAAUUUAGCCAGCGCAGCCCUAAACGAAACAUACCAACAAAAUUUGGCGAGCAUAAAUUAAGUUGAAGCCACUUGUAUUAAUUCCUGGCCCUUAUGAUUUACAACUUUUUUUAAUUCGGAUGUAAAAUAGGUAGAACCUUUUAGACAUCGCAGAAUUUUGAAAAAUAGCUGAAGUUAGAAGGCUUGCAGCAAAAAUGUACAAAACAAUCAUUGAGAGAAAUUUUAACAAGACGAAAUUUAGAAUCGAGACAAAACACAAUAACGAAAAACGACAGCAAAAAACACUUCGGAUCGUGACUCAAGUACACAUACAUAUUUAGAUUCACAUUUGAAAACAUAUUUUUGGUAAGGCUUGGGACUCAUGCCAGGUUUUCCAGCUAACCAAAAUAAUAUUCGAAAGAUGUGUGUGAUUCAAAAGAGUUGCAUACAUACAUGAAAAAUUUAGAUAUAAAAUUUCUGACGAAAACCAAAAAUACGACGUAUAUGACAAAAACAUUUCGACAAUACAAAAAAGAUGAUUUGUUGCCCAAAAGGUAAUUUUGAUGCUACAGGCAAAUCCUUAACUUCGCAAAUAUUUAUAUAUCUUUGACUCAUAAAUUCACUUGCACAACGCGCAUUGCGUUCACAAAAAAACCAAAAAAAAAAACACAUACGAAAUACGAAAUACGAAAAGCAAAACGUUUCAAAGAGCAAACGAUAAGGUCCUACUUGUUAAACGAUUGUGGGUAUUUUACAAAUUAUUUCAAAAAGACGAGCACCAAAAAAAAAAUAA